AUGAAUUUCUCAAUCUACGACCUCGACCAAAACAUAAAAAACCUUCUAAACAUAGAUAAUUUCCUAGAUGGACUCUCAGUAAAUGAUUUCAUUGAAGAAAUAUCAAAAGAACAUUAUUUAAAGGGUCUUGAAGUAAAGAACGAUAAACAAUAUCUCGAUCCAAAACCAUAUAUUCGAACAUUUGAAAGCACAAUACGUUAUCUUAAACAAUUAGAAGUCGAAGCAAAUGAGUCUAAAAUAAAUAAUGAGUCCAAAAUGGAAAGUUUUGAAUUACAACACUCACAUAAUGUAAUUGAACUAAAUUCGGAAAUUGAAUCACUGAUGAAAGAAUUGGAUAAUUUAGAUAAGUCAAUUAGUUCAAUUUCGUCGAAGAUUAAUCCAUUAGGUACACAAUUGAAUAAAAUCAGUAAUAGUAGAGAUAGGAGCCAGGAGACGAUUUUUUUAAUUAGGGCAUAUCAUGGAUUUUUCACCAAGGAGACAUAUGCUCCAUUAGAGAAUUUAAGAGUGAGUAAAAAAUUAGAGGAUAAAAUUAAAUGUGCAAAGACAGUUAAAAAUCUUCGUAAUUUGGCUAUUCAAGUAUCAAAUGAAUCACAAUCCUCAACUUUAAAAUGUAUAAAAAGUAUAGAAACAUAUGGAGACAAAAUGGAAAGUGAAUUACUUGAAAAGUUUGAAAUUGCAUCUAAUAAUGAUGAGGAUUUAGAUUUUGAAAUCAUGAAUGAAAUAGCUAAGAUAUUAAUGGAGUAUAAUGAGGGAAUAAAUGUAAUUCAAACAUUUGUAAACAACAACGACAUAAUAAUACAAGAGCAAGAUGAAUCAGACGAACUUUCCGAGUCAGAUUUUAUUAAAUUCAGUGAUCCAAAUUUUUCAGAUUUUAAAUUACCUGAGUCAUUAUUAUCCACUUUUGAUAAUCUUAAAUUUGAAAUUAAAAGUAGGGUAAGAAUUAGUUCAAAAGUAUUUGAUGAUCCAAAACCAAUUAUUAAAAUAUUCAUAACGAGAAUAUACGCACAAAUUAUAAGAAACAAGCUCACCAACUUAUUAAACAACAGUUUGUCUAAUUCAUUAGCACAUGUUAGAAUAUUACAUUUAUUGCAUAAUCUCGUAUUCAAUUUCACUUCACAAAUAAAAGAAUUUCUCAUAGUGGAGGAAUUCGAAAAGGAGACAUCAGAAUUGUCUACAUUAUUGGAUCAAUGUUUUUCAGAUUUAUUUAUUGAAUAUAUUGGAGAUAACAUUUAUUUUAAUAGGGAGAAGAAAAAUCUUGAAAAUUUAAUCUAUGAUAUUGUUCAUAAAUUUAAUACUAUGAAUGAAUCAAUAAUUACAAAUAAGUCAUUAGCUUUAAGGUUGGAAAAUUUAGACAAUAUCGAGUUUCGUGAAAAACCCAUGGUUGAUAGAUUUGGAUUCAGUCUUGAAAAAAAACGAACGACUCAAUUUAAAACAUAUGUCAAAAACAAAUUAAAUGAAAAUAGGACCAGUCAAAGAUUAUCAAAUGACAAUUUAAAUGAAUAUACCACCAUUAACACGUUAAAAGUUGAAACGGUGCUAAAAUCAGUGAUUGAAUCAAUUACGAGAGUUUUAGAAUUGAGCCCCAAGUCUGCUGAGUAUUCAUUGGAAAUUUUAGAGAUUUUAAUUAUUGAUUUUGGUAAGUUGUAUAUUGGUGGUGGAUUAGAGAUCAUUUAUGAUGAGUGUAAGAAAGCAAGUACUAAUCUACACUAUCUCAAGUCAUUCAAUGUUGUAUCUGAAAUACUCCUUCUUAUGUCAUCAUGUAUUAAGAAGAUUAUAUUACCAUGUGCAACAAACAAUCCAAAUACAAAAAAUAGAAUGAUAAACUUAUUAAACAACUUCAUCUCGCAGUGUGAAUUGUCAUUGAAUAUUAUCCUGGAUGAAUUUUAUGAGACGGUCAUCAAGAAUUUGACUGGAUAUUUGAAUAAGCAGAAGAAGAAAGAUUUCAAUUGUGAUGCAAUUGAAGAUGACACUGAGGCUUGUGAGCUCAUAUCUGAUUAUUUAAACAAUUUGCAUUCUCAAUUAAAAAAUUCAUUGAAUGGGAAAAAUUUAGAUAAAUUAUUAAUUAAAAUUGGUUUGGAGUUCCGUGGGUUAUUGUUAGAACAUUUUAAAAAAUUUACUGUUAAUUCUAUUGGUGGGAUUGUUCUCACCAAAGAUGUGAUUAGGUACCAGAGUAUUAUUGAUGAGUGGAAGUUGCCUGUUUUGACUGAUAGUUUUGCAAUUUUGAAAGAGAUUGGGAAUUUAUUUACUGUUAAUUCUAAUCUUGUUAAUUCGUUAAUUACUGAGGGACAAUUGGCUCAGAUGAAACCUUAUUUGGUUAGACAAUAUAUUUCAAAGAGGGCUGAUUUUGAACCAAGUUAUGUUGAUAAAAUAUUUAAGAGAUGA